GGAAAGCACCGGUUUGGCAAGUCGCGUUUAGGUCGGACCUAGGUUUGGUGGUUGCGUUGACCUGCCGCAGACCUCAGGUAUGGUCUCAGCUUUGGAUUCUUUCCCUCCUUGUCUCUCCCUUCUCUGUAUAGCCGUUGGGCUCUGUAACCAAGCUUUUCUACUCAAGGUGGAGAAUUAUCAGAAAUUCUCGAAUUUGGCUGAUUUUUGACUUUGAAAUCACCCUUUAUUUUUCAUCUCCCGAGUCGGGGGAAAAUGGGUACUAGGGUUCCUGUGCAGCACUAUAAUCUCAACUCCCCCACUUCGUUCAUUGAGAGCCCACUCCACGUUCUCAACACCGUUGAGAGUAGGACCUCCGAUCUGGACGACAUGGAAGCCGAGGUCGAUCGCGAAGCUGUCACCGAAGAUAGCUUGGACAAUGAUAACGAUAAUGGUGCCGUAGACUGCAUGCAUGAACCCCAUGGGAAUUCUUUACCACUUCACAAUGUUGAAGUUGAAGAGGAUCGCUCCAGUCUCGAGAAUAACGACUCUUCAAGGGACCCUUUUGAUAUAUUGACCAUUGAUGACGUUUCCCCCAUUGAAUCAGCAAGGGCAAGAUUUCUACAAAUUGUUGUGGAUCAUUUUAUUGAUGAUCAUGUAAUUGAAGUGGCUGAUUCUGAGGCUGAUUCCACUGCUCAGUCUGCGCAAGACAAGCUUAAUAAAAGGAAGACAAGAGAGGUCCAGUAUGAAGGAGAUUCGAAUUUUGCUUUACCUCUGAUGUAUAUUGCAAAUAUGUAUGAAAGUUUAGUAAACGAUGUCAACAUCCGGAUCGCUUCCUUGAAUGGUAUUCGUGAAAAGACAAUUGGGGUAGCGCUUGAAGCAGCUGGUGGUUUGUACAGAAGACUCGCCAAAAAAUUUCCAAAGAAAGGUCCAUGUACUACGUACAAGAGAAGAGAAUUAGCAACUUCUGUGGAAACAAGGACAAGGUUUCCAGAACUAGUAAUUCAAGAAGAGAAGCGUGUUCGCUUUGUGGUAGUCAAUGGUUUGAAUAUUGUUGAAAAACCAGAUAACAUGCCUAUUGCUGAUGCUGAGUGGUUUAAGAGAUUGACAGGUCGCCAUGAGGUUGCUAUCUCUGAACGUGACUAUAAAUUUUAUUCUCCAAGGCACAAGUUUAGGCGUGCAGCAUCAAACAUGAUACCCAAUAUCUCUGGUCUACCUAGUUUUCCUGGAGCUGACAACUCUACUACGUUGACUACUUCUCAAGGAUUCCGCUCUUCACCAAGUCAGCAGCAAACUCCAUGCAAACAUUACAUGCAAUCUUUGACACAUCAGCCUCACUUUCAUCCAGUUCACCAGAACCAUCAAACUAUGCAUCAGAGUCAGCAACCAGGCCCCUAUUCUCAGUCUCACAACCAUCACUGUGGUCCAUCCUCACAUUUAUCUGAAAUUUCUCAUGCUCACCAGUCACCAACAAUAUCUCAACAGUUACCCUGUUUACAACCACUCACAGGUGGCCAUGUUGGUGGACGCCUGCAUAUACUGCCAUCGAGUCCUGCAAAGUUUUGUGAUGAAUGUGGUGCUCCAUUCCUGAGAGAAACAUCUAAAUUUUGCUCUGAGUGUGGUUCAAAGAGGAUCGGAACAUGAUAUUGUGUGUUCAUAGUGAAUCCAGAUUCCAUAGAAUAUUGGGUUUGUGUUUGUCUUUGUCAUAUCAUAGCCCUUGUAUAAAUUAGCUCUUUCCUAAGGAUUUUCACAUUUUUGGGAAAUGCAUUUAAUUAUGUAAAUAGAAAGUGUGCAAUUGUCUGCAUCA